CCACUUCUUUUCUUCUCUACUUUCAACUUGUUACCCGUUUUUAUUUGCUUUAUCUAUCACUGCAUUUAAAAAUGGCCUUCUAACUCGUUAUUCCACGUCAAAGCGCAUCAAACAAGAAAGAAAAAGAUUAUUAAGAAAGAAAAAGUUUUUUUAAAAAAAAGAAAAACUAAAAAGAAGAACCCCUCUCAAAAAUGGCCUACUAUUAUAUGUCAAACGGAAACCACGUAGGAAACGACGUAGACUGAUCUAUCGCCCCAAUUCAAGUGCAAUUUAAUAUUAUUACAAGUAACCAAACUAUUAUAACAAACCAAUGAUUGAAGCUGCUCCCCACCAACAAGAGUUCUUCACGGCCCCGGUCGAUCCUUUUGGACUCGACCUGGAUGUACUCCCUAACAACAUUGCAAAUUUAUUUGCUGACACUCCAAUGUUAUCGUCCCCUGCAAGUGAUGAUUUCCUCUCCUCCCCAACGUCAUGCUCUGAAUCCAGCAUGGACUCUCCUCCCAGUAGUCUUUUGGCGGAUGAUCCAUCGUUACUGACCAUGGAUUCGUUCUCGCCCUUUGAGAACAUGGAUUUCACCUUGCUUGCACCUCCUACAUUGGAUGAUGUUAAAUCAUCACCUCUCCCUUCUCCCAAAAUCACCACCAUCCAACCUUCCAUGCAACCACAACAACAUGUCAUGAAGGUACCAACUGCCAAACGACCACCUCGUCAGCUCGAGUGUUUCAACUGCAAGGUCACCAAGACUCCUUUGUGGAGACGUACACCGGAUCGAGCACACACUUUGUGUAAUGCUUGUGGAUUAUAUUACAAGCAAUAUGGAUCCCAUCGUCCACUUCACAUCCGUCAAAAGCCCGCCACCACCACUGGGUCAGUGAGAGCUGCUCCAUAUUCCGUUCCUACUGUCCAAUCAGAAGGUUGUGCGAGCUGCCACCAAACUCAGACUCCGUUGUGGCGUAAAAAUGAACAGGGAGAGCCCGUCUGCAACGCUUGUGGACUGUACGCCAAACUUCAAAAGCAAGAAGUCCCUGAAGUCAAAGUCGCCGCGCCAAUGCGUCGUCGUGAUUUGCAACAAGAAGAGUUAGAUGACUCUCGGUUUGCCCUUCUUUUGGCUCAUAUGAACCGUGAUCAAAUGCAUGGUUUUCUUUCUAUGCUUGAACGCAGAUGUACCAUUCUCAGAGGUUUUCUUCACAGUCCACCUUCUUCUGAUACUGAGUAGCAGUGUCUGGAUGAAAGUGGUUUGCCUCUUCUCCUUUUAUAACUCAAAAUAUUAUUUUUUUAAAGGUGUGUUGUUUCCCUAAAAUUUUUUGUUCUUUUUUUAUUGGUCAAUCUUCCCAUUCUGUCUGUUCUUAGCAAAUGUUCGAAUCGUUUCCAUCGGCGAACAAUGCUUUCUUUUUUUGAAAAUAAACUAUUGGUUCUUCUCUUUACUUCCAA